GAAGGCUGCUAUUGAGAAUCGCUUAUAGGAGUGGACCAAACAGUUAGAAGAGAGCGGGGCUGAUAUUGCAUCUCUUGUGUCAUGCUUGAAAAAGCCACUACGACCUCUUUGGAUUUCACAAAGAACGGUCAUCUGGUUAAAUGAAGUGCCUAACUAUGAUUCUUGGGAUUUUACGCCCGUCAUGCUUGUCUCUGCCUCUUCAUCAAAUGGUAUUCAACUAAGAACCACCUCAGAAUUUAGCUGGAGCUAUAUUCCAGGAGCUGGAGAUGAUGAAGAAAGUUGGGCAAGGGGUUUAUCCCCUAAUCUUUUCUGGAAUCAUGUCUAUGAUCUUAUUACCUCAGGGUCUGAUUUGUGUAACCGAAAGGUAGCUGAGAUAGUUGAAAAGGAUAGAGUACAUCGUGCUCAAAGGGGACAGGAUGCUCCUCAGGUCACUGUGAAGCCCUCAAAGUUGCCUGGUGGCUUAAAUAAUCUCUCACUUGUAGGUUCACUUUUAUCUCCUGAUAUUUCAAAGCAGAAUGGUGAUAGGGAGGUGCACAAUGAAGAAUCUAUGAUAUCAUGGCUUGCUUCGACUAAACUUGCUGUUGGUACAUCCCAAUGUGCUGCAAAUAUGAUUAAUACUGUUUGCACAUUGAAUUGCGAUCAAGAGUCCAUCUCUGUUCAUCUUCCAAAUUCAGAAGGAUAUUUGCAUCUUCCUAUG